UUCAGGCGAGGUCGACGGUGCGGCGGGCUCGCGAAGGCGGCCAUCUUUUGUGAGGUGUUUAAUCGUAAAGCACCUCUGUUUCAGGGUAAAAAUCUCUUCUUUUGCGACUUCCUGUGGGACCUUACACACCGUGGUGGUUAGAAAAUGUACUGACGUGUACGUUCGACCGAACCGUGGUGUGUAGCGAUCAACAAAAGUUAAUUUCUGAGGGACUAAAUCGUGUCGGCAGUCAAGCCUGUAUCCGCCGCACCGAGCAAGAAAGAACAAGGAAUGUGCAUAGUUCAUGCGUUCAGACCGAAAUUGCCUUCAUUUUUAGGUUUCGUCGGUUCCCCUAGGACAAGAUUUGGGUGUCAUCUCGUCUUGCAGUUCGAGCGUCAGUCUGUUGCGGGCGGUUGAAGAGCAAGUGGUUACUGGGACACCAAAAAAGGCCAACAACUGUGGCUGAUUUUGUUCUGCUGAGGGCGCGAUUCAAUAUGGCUGUCCCGAGUCGCGCGCGCGUCUACGCAGAUGUGAACACACACAGGCCGAGAGAGUACUGGGACUACGAGUCUCAUGUCAUUGAGUGGGGACAACAGGACGAUUACCAGAUUGUGCGCAAGCUGGGCAGAGGCAAGUACAGUGAAGUGUUUGAGGGGAUCAACAUAACCAACAAUGAAAAGUGUGUCAUCAAAAUCCUCAAGCCAGUGAAGAAAAAGAAGAUCAAGAGGGAAAUCAAAAUCCUGGAGAAUCUCCGAGGAGGAACAAACAUCAUUACCCUGCUAGCUGUAGUUAAAGACCCAGUGAUCCCACGCAAGUUUCUUUCGGUAGUGUCUGCAAUAAGCCUUUUUACAGAGUCGAGAACGCCAGCAUUAAUAUUUGAGUAUGUUAAUAACACAGACUUUAGGCAAUUAUACCAAACAUUAACCGACUACGACAUCAGAUACUACUUGUAUGAGCUCCUGAAGGCCCUGGACUACUGUCACAGCAUGGGGAUCAUGCACAGAGAUGUCAAACCUCACAAUGUCAUGAUAGAUCACGAAAACAGAAAGCUGCGGCUGAUUGACUGGGGUCUGGCUGAGUUCUACCACCCGGGACAGGAGUACAACGUGAGAGUCGCCUCUCGCUACUUCAAGGGCCCCGAGCUGCUGGUGGACUACCAGCAAUACGACUACUCAUUGGACAUGUGGAGUCUAGGAUGUAUGCUGGCCAGUAUGAUAUUCCGGAAGGAGCCUUUCUUCCAUGGACAUGACAACUACGAUCAGUUGGUCCGCAUUGCCAAAGUUCUUGGAACAGAAGAUCUAUACAAGUAUCUGGACAAGUAUCAGAUAGACUUAGAUCCAAGGUUCAAUGACAUACUUGGAAGACAUUCUAAAAAGCGGUGGGAGAGGUUUGUGCACAGUGAGAACCAGCACCUGGUGAGCCCGGAGGCUCUGGACUUCCUGGACAAACUGCUGCGCUACGACCACCAGGAGAGAUUAACGGCACGGGAGGCCAUGGAGCAUCCAUACUUCUACCCAGUUGUGAAGGAGCAGGGUCGAAUGCAAUCGUCCAGCCUGGCUGUCAGCUCCCCCACUCCAAACGCCUCACAGAUGGUGCCAGGAGGCAACUCGUCAUACCAAGGCGUUGCUGCCACCAACUCCAUGCUGAUUCCGGGCUCCCCCGUGAUUUCAUCCGCGCCGAUGAGCAACUCUGUGCCCCCUGUUGUCACGUCCCCAACACCCACCCAACCAUAGACAGAAAGCAAGUAUGCUAAGCUGACCCAUCCAGGAGUGAGAUUGGUAACCUAACCGACCCUCUGUCGAUGCUUUUCUACUGCGAUGUCUGCUCCCGACAAGUUGUUGUUGUUGAGACAUGGAAUAAUAUUUUCCAUGCUGGAGGAUCUGUUCGGUUACAGCUGGUUUGGUGCACACAAUACGGAGAGAGAAGAGAACUUCACGAGGACAAAACACGUCACUUUUUAGAUGAGACAGCCGCAUGCCAGAGGAAAAAAACAAAACAAAACAAAAUUUCAACCCAUUCAAUGCUUGCAGUUCUACCUUGCUUGUUACAAAAAAAAAAGGCGACUUUUCUGUGUUGCCUACGUGUAUCAUGAAACAGUCGGAAGUUCAAGUCACGAGAAAAAAAUUGAUACGACUGUCGUGGGAACUAGCCCUAGAGGUUUCUGUACAUAAAUGUGCUACAGGAGUAACCUGUAUACGGCUGGGAUAAACAAUAUUGAUACCAGAAACCCGCGUCAUAGACUUCUAGCCGAAUUAACGAUUCUGUAUACUCCUAUGUUUAUGAGAAGAUCUGACCCUAUCUCUGGGUUAGCAAGCCUUGCAGCACGUGUCUUGUCUGCGUUCUUGGGUAGGCACAGAAUGUAACUGUUUGCUUUUGUGUUAGGUGAGGAGAGGUUUAGGUGGCAUGUAGCUUUGCCAGGCUUAAAAAAAAAUAAUUCAGACCUCUUUUCCUUCAUGUUGAUCCUUUCAAUGUCAGAGAUUACAUAGAUGUAUUUGAGUUGGAAUAAAUGGUGUACUCUUGUACUACCAGAAAGAUGAGAGAGUGAAAAAUAUUGAUCCAAGUAUCUUGGGAUGGUAAGAAAUGGAGUGUGACAUGCAUGACAGAGAAGUUGUUUUUUUGGUCCAGUUUGUCGUGCAUGAAAGUACAAUGCAAGCUUUGCUUCGCUAAUAGAUGCAGUAGAAAUGAGUUUUGUGUUGUCUGCCCUAAUUUGGUAUAUGCAUAGCAUUUGUGUUACUAUUGUAUCAUCCUUUUGUUAUUGUUUUGUAUUAUCAUUAAUGUGUAGAUUCUAUGAUGGGUGAUUAUUUCUUCUACUUUUUGUUGUACCUCAUCUGGCUGGCUGUAACCUACGCUCCGGUGUUUCCGAUCACAGAUGGUCUUUUACUGAUAUGCUGGUCCACAACACGGCUGUGGAUAGUUGUAGUUGCUACCUUGGCUGUAACAUACACUCAGAAACUUGCUUCAUGGUCGUUGUGAAUUUUCUGCUCAAUUUGCAGGCCCAAAUAAUGAGGGAAACUGUUAAAGUUCUUGAACAUGUUCAGUUUUUUUUUUUUUUAAUCGGGGAUAGAAGUACGGAAAAGUACCAGGCUCCACCAAAGUUAUCUACUGUUCCAAUGCAGUGCUUUGCUGUUGUCCAACUAUGCAUAAAGUUCAGAUUUCAGCCUUUUGGACACUACGUUGUGCAGGUUGAUGUCCAAAAUUCUUAAUGACUUUUCUUUGAGUUUCUUGUGCCCAACUGAAGCAUACAGUAAAGGCAGUCGGGUUUUCUGAUUCUAGACUUCGAAGUUAAAAACGACAUGGCAUGCCCAUACAAAAAUAAUUCUGUCAAGUUUCUAAAACAUCUGACUUCUAAAUCAGCUUGAGAAAACCAAUUGCCAAUGCCUGAGCUAUAGCUGAUUUUGCAUUUGUUCGAAAGGACGCAAGAUGACUUGAAGAGAUGGUUGCCUUCUUCUGUGUUUUUUGUUCUCCAAUGAAUUUCUCCACUACACUUACUGUUUGUAAUGUAUUAUAAGGUUUGUGUCAACCAGAACCAAGUCACAACUGCAAGUCCUGCAUGGUGGGAUGUUUUCUCAUUAUUAUUACAUGUACGUUAAGUUCCUUGUAUUCAGUGCAAGAAGAAAUUAAAAGUCGAAAGACAUGUACAGCA